AUGUCAAACGCCAACAACUCUCCGAGUGGCCGGUUCCCGGGAAACGGAAGCAAUCUUGACCAGAUGCAGAGGUCCGGUCCCAGGUCGUUUCGCUGUGAUGUCGGCGGAGAAUGGAAACCUCUCGAUGGCUUUUCGAAGAGAUUCCAGAAAAUGUCUGUAAAGCCUAGAUUCGAUCCCGCCAGGAGCGGCAUGAUCUGCCGUGUCCAUAGCGGGGAGCCUGCUCUCGAAGCCAAAUGCAGUGGACCAUGCGGCCGAGUUCUCCCAUUGAAUUCGUUUUCCAAAUCUAGUCGCUCCAAGGGGGUUCACCUCUGUAUCCAGUGCCAAAGCUGGAUUAGCACCCAAGAUGCUGAGAACGGCAGAACCCCCAUUGCUGCCCCAUCUCAUGAACGAGAUUUCGACGAACAAAUCAAGGGCAUUCACUUGCCUCUGGUCCCAGAUCUCCAUGCCAAGUAUCUAGGCCUUGACGAAGACGACGAUUACGUUGAAGAGCUCACCGGUCCUAUAAGUGGCAUGGCAGCCAAUUCUUUCCGUUACGGACUAUCGGAAGUGUCCUCAUGCCUGGAAGACACGGCAUCUGCCGCGGCAACCACUGCCAACAUGUCGUCGCUCGAGUGUACGGACCGGCUAGCACCCCCCCACCUGUCGAGCGGUCGAGUAUACGGUGGCUCUCCCAGUGAUGGUAAAGGAAUCUCUGCAGCAACAAGUGACUGGGUGCCUCCGCAUCUGCGAGGUGCCCGGCCACUUUCGCCAAAGUUGGAAGAUGCUCCUGCCUCGCCUGGCGCAGUUCAUGACGUCUCAAACACCCGUGACCAGUGGGCUCAAGGUGUGAAGGCCAGAGAUCAAGUUAGCAGUCUCAUUGCCUUCUCGGAAAUGGGGCUGUCUAGACGUCGAAAUCUGACCGCACGUCAGGAGAAUUGUCCCUCGGACCAGUCAACAGCCUACUCUUCCAACGAGUAUUACAAGUCCAAGAGAGACCCGAAGAACACCCAGUCCCCGGCUCAGCUCGGCCGUAUGCUUCGCUCUGAAACUUCCAUGGGACCUUACCAACAUAGAACCUCUUCGCCAAGGACUUUCGGGCAGAUAUCCCGCCGAGAGAAAUGGGGAAAGGCAAGUGAGAGUAGACUGAAGGCUUCGGACCUACAGAGUAUUUCGACAGCGACAACAUUCAGGCAGGAGCAGGCGAACCAGCCGAUGUACAAUGCCUGGGACCAUACCGGAGCUCGCCACACGCGGCCCAGACCCCCUCCUUCCACAAUUGAUGGAACGGACUCGGUUUUCGAGGCCGUCGCAGCUCAAGAGUGCCCAACCCCGUUCGUGGGUGGGUUUGCGAGGGGAUUUAAUGCCUUGCGCACAAUGAAACUUUCAGAGCAGAAGAUCGUCUACAAUUUUGACUGCGAGCACUCGGACGAUGAAGAUGCCAUGUGA